AUGGCUUGCCAUAAGAAAUGCGAAAAACUGACAGGAAACCUAUGUGGAUUGAAUCAAAAGCUAGUCGCUGAAGCAUUGCAAGCUUUGAAGAGAACUCCUUCACAGUCGUCAGAUAAUCAACGGAACUCAGAUUCUUCGGAUCAUUUUCCGAGUGGUCGGAUAACGCCACCAGCGACAAAUUUACCCAGAUUUAAGAAGUAUACCGUGACAGAUUUUAAUUUUCUCAAA